CCGGCCGCGCUUAGGCCGCGGGGCGCGGGGAGGCGGCGGCCGGGCCGGCGCCAUGGGGCCGGCGCUGCGCUGGCUGCUGGCCGGGCUGGUUCUGGGCGCACUGGGCGCGGAGCCCCGGGCCGAGCAGCAGCAGCCCCGCUCGCCGUCCCUCACCGCCGCCCCCGGCGGGGCCACGCCGAGCGGCGGCAGUAGCAGCAGCAGCGGUAGCGGCCUGCCUGCCGUGUCGGCGCCGGCCCCGCAGACCCCGCCCAUGACCCAGCGCGCCCUGUCCGUGCUCGUGCUGGCCAGCGCCGCCCUCAUUGUCUACUUCGUCAUCCGGACCGUGCGGCUUAGAAGAAGAAACAGAAAGACUCGAAGAUAUGGAGUUCUGGACACUAACAUAGAAAACAUGGAGUUGACACCCUUAGAACAAGAUGACGACGAUGAUGAUACAACGCUGUUUGAUGCCAAUCAUCCUCGAAGAUAAGUGCGUGCCUUUCAGAGAGAGAAUUUAAUCUUAGCUACAGAAGAAGAAUGUUACCUGGAAGGAAUAAGAAGCCAAUAUAUUUCCAGGGUUUGGGGGAGGGCUGGAGGGAGGAAGAGGUGAUGGUGAUGGGUAUUUAAACUGUGUAUAUUAUGACAUCCCUCAUUUGUUGCAAUAAAUACUGUAACAAUUUGUUGUACCUUUUUGUAUAUAUAGAAUACUCUAAAUUCAAAGCUUAUGGAAAGUGUGUGCACUAUUUGGAAACAGUUGCCUAUUACCCUUUUAAAACAGGGUAUUUUCUGCUUGUUUUAUUCCUUAUUUACCAUACUGAUGGUAUACCCUUUUCUACAGUAAUCUGGAAUAUGUUCAUUAAUUUUUUGCCAAUGUAAAAUUAAGUAAAUCAACGUGAAAUCAACACGUCAGUUCUCUAGUAGUGCUCAAAUUAGGGUUUUAUUUGGGAUGCUUUCCUCUUCAAAAGAAUAUGCCAAACUACUGCCUUGUGUGAUUUUUUUUUUUUUAAAGUAUUUUUAACUAAAUGAAUGUGAGUUGUUGUAUGUAAACAUUAUUUAAAACUGUAUGGAAGUGUACAAAUAAAACGUUUUACAACAUUCCUA